AUGGAUUUAGGGGAAGAUUCGACACUGCUCGCUGUGGCCCUGGAUGGUGAGGACAAAUAUUGGCUUUGCCAACCCGUAACCGGUAAAAGACUUGGUCCUGAAUGGAAGUUUUGUACUUGUUACUGGCUUUAUCUUUUGGGGGACAACGAAGACCAUGGAGACAAACCAUGGUAUAGAGAAGACUUGGGCGAUAUACUUGAAAUCGGCUACAACGAGACCUCAAGAAUUGGAAGGUACUCGGUCAUCGAUGAUGCAGUGAAAGCAAAGAAAUUCGUUGUGGAGGAAGGUGGUGUAUCUAGAACCUUCUUCUUCAUUGGCAACGACGAGCGUGAGGCCCUAGACGCCAAGUUUGAAGAUCUUCUCAAACGCGAGGCGGCGCUUGCAUCACACAAACCAGAUGACGAUGGUGAUAAAGUGCAAUCAAGUGUGAAGGCGAGCAAAGCCACCGCGGCAGAAUACCCAACCGUUAACUCCGACUCUGGACCCGGUAAUGGUAAGCAAGUGGGUAACGAGGAAGUUUUUGCAUGGCGAGAGCGGUACAUUGUUGAACACGGGAACCGCAUUUUUUUCGUGUGCCCUGAUGUUGAUGGCAAUAGCAGUGGGUUCAGAGUGGAGCGAAUUGUGCGCAACGGCAUGACGAUUUUCUUGCUCUUCCACGAUGAAGCUUCCCUUCCGUGUAGGGUAAGUGAAUCGCAUAUUGGGGAGAAAGUUAUCCAUACUUCCAUAAUGAAAAACAGUGAGGGUAAAGUACUCAUCAUGAGCACCCGGAAGCCUAAUGAACCUAUGUCAAAGAAAAAGGAGCGUGUCGAAACUCCUCCCCCCGAACCCCCACUCAAGGUUCAGAAAAAGGAAUCUGUGAAAACCACUGCUUCACACGAUACCCCACUUAAGGCGAUCGGAGUGAAUAUGUGGGUCGAUUUUAAGGGGAAGGUGGAGGGCGUAACAGGUUUGGUGAAUUCAUUCCCCUUUUCAGGGGAGGUUGGAAACAAGAUGCGUACGAGUGUUUUUCCUGGUGGCGUUUGUGUUACUUACGAUUCUUCUAUCGCGGCGAAGUUCGCGUUGAAGAAAAAGGCCGUUUCUUCUCCUACGGACAACGACAUGGUUGGUUUGCUGGAAAAUAUACAACUGGCUAAGGAGCAGUUCAGUACUAUUUAA